AUGACUUCCUCUCCAGUCACCCAAUUCUUAAACGAAAAGUUUGUUUCAUUCCAGGACCUUGCCCAAUCCUUGGAUUCUAUAAACUCCUCUUUAAAAGCCUCUUCAGAUGCUCUUAACCUCGGCCUCAUUGAAAAACGCGAGGCCCGUACAGCUGCCCAAAACUCGGCAGUCUCCACCCUCAGAGCCAUGUUCAUUGCUUGGAUGGCCUCUCCAACUUCCACCUUCUCUGCUUCCAAGUUAGACAUUCUUGACAGCGAUUUUAACUCUGCUCUUACAGAUCUUUAUACCCAGUUCCCCAAUAUCCGCAAUGAUUAUACCAUCUUUGACUCAAUCAUUUACCCGAAAUUUGCCCAAAUAAAGGCUCUCAUCACAAGCCUUCACUGCCUCACCAUUGCCCAAAAGGUUAGAGACGCUGCAAAUACUGUCGCAUCGCUUACCCUUGAGAAAGACUUUGACAAGGCCUUAGACCUCCUUGACUCUAUUGAGCAACAAUACGAGCCAUCUCUUAGAAUUUAUGCAUCCCCCACCCAAACAAAAGAUUCGGCUCUUGGCCAAAUUGCUAUUCAAACUCUUCGCCAUCUACACAAAAAUGUCCGCACCCCGCUCCAAGAUCAUAUGAACAAGCGUCUUAAAGUCUUUUUUGAAAAGGCAAAAUGGCCAGUCUCCACCGUCGCUCCUGCUCUUUACGACGAGUUCAUCAACUUGUUUGUAAAGUACCUCGAAACAGAAGCUUCCAAUCCUGACCAACUAGCUGGCCUCUUGGCCACCCCACAAAAGGCUUCCAAAUACCCUAUCCCCUUAUCUGCCUUUGCAGCUCUUGUGGCCCCCAUCGACCUCCGGUUCCAAUUUCACUUUGAAGCAAAAUCAGAUACAAACAGACCAGAUAAACCCGAAUGGGCUUACCAUCAUUUUUUAAACGUCAUUGAAGGACACAUUGACUUUUUAAUCCAUGCAGCCGAUGCUGCACUCCAAAAAUCUUCCCGCUUCAAUGAUAGAAACGGCGUCCAUGAGUUCAUCACUGCAUUAUUACCUAGCGUUCGUCGCAAAGCCCUUUCCCUCUUCUCCCAAGUUACCUCUUCCCCAAAACUUUUAUCCCACCUUGUCUACGAAACAAUCAUGUUUGACAAUGCAAUUAGAGAAAAAUACUACUACGUCCCCUACAAUUCUGAUCCUCAAUCUCCACUCGAAUGGAGAGGAAUUUCCGGAGAUAUUCUUUCCAACGAUGACGCUUACAACACCUGGCUCAAAAUUGAGCUGGCCAGCGCAAAAGAUCGCUUUGCAGAAAUCAUCGAGUCUCAAAACGCCUGGCAAAUCGACUAUGACUUUGUCAGUCACUCAGAAACAAAGCCUACUGAAUCUGCAAUCAACCUAAAAGACCUUAUCGAGGGUAUCACUGAGCAUUACUCAUCGCUCACGUCGAUCCGCUUCCGUAUGAAAUACUUUGUAACGAUCCAAAUUGACUUGCUUGACAAGUAUUACGAGCGUCUCAACGAGUCCAUGACUGCCUUUGAGUCUCUCACAUCCCGCUUCUCCCGUGCGGUCGGAAGCGUCUCUGCCGAAGAUAAACAAAGCGUUUCCGGUAUCCGUGGCCUCGAGCGUCUAUGCCGCAUUUUUGGCAGUCUCAAUUACAUUGUCAAGGCUCUUGAGGAGUGGGGGGAAGAAAAGUUUUUUUUGAAAAUGUGGGACGAUCUUAAUAAACGUACCUCACAACUUCAAGCCGAUCCAAACAGAUUGGCAAAUGAAACCCUUUUCGAUGAAACUAUCCAGUCUUACAAUAAACUCAUUUCCCGUGUCGAAAUCGCAAUGGUCUCGCUUCUUAAAACCGAAUUCAAUGGCUCCAUGCGCGAGUACUUUAAGAAAAAUAACUGGGCAACCAUGACCAUCGAGCAAGACCCUGUCGAGGUCUCACGAGGUCUUAUCCCUGCAAUCCGCACCAUUUCUUCUCUUCUCUCGUUUCUUUACCGCUUCUUCUCGCCCUUCCACUAUACCCGUGUCGUCCGCCGGUUUGCCCAAGAUAUUGAGCACUAUAUCUUCAACUUUAUCAUCUCCGCAAACCAGUUUUCUUAUGACGGCGGACGACAACUCCAAGCUGAUAUUGCGGAACUUUGGGCUGCUUUUAGACUCCCCUCCGAGGCAUCGCUGCGCCGGCUGGACCAGUGCGCAACCAUUCUUGCGCUUCCAGCGGCUGGCCAAGUCGAGCCUAACUUGGCUUCAAUAAAAAGUAUAAUCCAUGGUGAUGAUAAUGGUUACGAAGAAGUUCGUGCUGAUCUGCAGCUCACCAACUUGAGCGAUAUGGAUAUUGAAAAGCUUCUCAAUCGUAGAAUUGCCGGUAGUUAA